CAAUAAAACAAUGUUAACAAUUAGAUAUUUAAUCAAACCAUUCUUGCAUCUAUGAAAAGUUAGUUGAUUCUAAUCGGUUAGCAAUGUUGUGCAAAGUAAUUUUUUGUAUUGUUCUUCAACAAUGUUUGUACCAGGGUGCAUUUGGUGCAACAGUGCCCAAAUUACCAUCUUAUUUUAAAAUUUGUCACCAAUCUGAUGCAAAUUUAGCGAAAUGCAUUAAAAAAUCAGUAGAAGAAUUACGACCUCUACUAGUUAAAGGUAUACCGGAUCUGGAUAUUCCAAGCGUUGAACCGCUUAUAAUUCCGGAAGUCAUCAUCGAUCAAGGAUCCGGACCUGUAUCUCUUCGGUCUGUUUACAAGGAUAUCAAGGUGUACGGUCCUUCGAAAUUUACUAUCAAGGAUAUCAAGGUUGACCUAGAAAAAGAUAAAAUGAGAAUAAAACUGUGGAUUCCUAGCUUAAAAGUCAGCUGCAAAUACAGUAUUGAUGGCAAAAUUCUUAUGAUGCCCAUAGCAGGGUCUGGACUGAGUACUGCGAAUUAUUCAAACAUUGAAGCCACUGUCAUCCUCAGGGCCGAACAAAUUAAAAAAGGCGACAACAUUUACUACAACGUUAAGGACUUUUACGUCAAUUUUGAUAUUGGAGAUGCUAAAAUUCAUCUAGACGAUCUCUUCAAUGGCGACAAAGACUUAGGUGAAGCUAUGAAUCUAUUCCUAAACGAUAACUGGAGACAAAUAGCCAAUGAAAUCAAACCUGUUCUCGAAGAUAACAUAGCAAUGAUAUUCAAAAAGUUCGCCAAUAAGAUAUUCCACAAAUAUCCCAAGAACAUUCUAAUUCCAAAAUAACUAGCUGUAAAUUAUAAUUUGUAGUUUUCGUA